AUGGCUGGAUCAGAUGAGAACUACUUGGGGAUGAUCAGGCCUUCAAAUAUUCAAGGAGGCUUACGAGCAGGGAAUGUGAAGUUCACAGCGGGAAUUGGGCAAAAUCGGAGGGCAUUGAGCACGAUUAAUCGGAACAUCGUUGGAGCUCCACCUUACCCAUGUGCCAUCAACAACAGAAGUGGCUUGCCAGAGAAAAAUGAAGUCCCUAAUAAGAAUCUGACUCUGCCUGUGCACCGACCGAUUACUAGGAAGUAUGCUGCACAAAUGGCUGGCAAACCGCAGCAACCCUUACUUGAGGAAACUAAGCAGCCAGUCCAACCAUUUCUGUAUCCAAGAGAAUCAGAAGACUGCACCAUCAUUGAUGUGGAUGACUACAAGGCCACUGGUGACUUCCCUGUGCCUAUGUUUGUGCAACACACAGAAGCUAUGCUGGAGGAAAUAUAUCGAAUGGACAAGGAGGUUGAGAUGGAAGAUAUAGAAGAAGAGGAGCCAAUCGUGGACAUAGACAACACAGAUAAGAAGAACCCCCUUGCAGUUGUUGAGUACAUUGAUGAUAUAUAUGCCUACUACAAGAAAGCAGAGCGUUCUAGCUGUGUCUCACCGAACUAUAUGGCACAACAAUUCGACAUUAACGAGAGGAUGAGAGGCAUUCUCAUCGACUGGCUGAUUGAGGUGCACUACAAGUUUGAACUGAUGGAGGAGACCUUAUACCUCACUGUCAAUCUCAUCGAUAGAUUCUUAGAAGUCCAACCAGUGGUGAGAAAGAAACUACAGCUUGUUGGGGUUACAGCCAUGCUUCUUGCUUGCAAAUAUGAAGAAGUUUCUGUUCCUGUUGUUGAGGAUCUCAUAUUGAUUUCUGACAAGGCUUACAGCAGAAAAGAAGUGCUUGAGAUGGAGAAAUUGAUGGUCAAUACCUUACAGUUCAAUCUAACAGUUCCCACUCCAUAUGUGUUUAUGAGGAGAUUUCUAAAAGCUGCUCAAUCUGAUAAAAAGUUGGAGCUUCUGUCCUUCUACAUAAUCGAGCUUUGCCUCGUCGAGUACGAAAUGCUCAAGUUCCCACCUUCUCUGUUAGCAGCCGCUGCCAUAUUCACUGCUGAAUGCACUCUCUGUGGAUCAAAGCAAUGGAGUAAGACCAGCCAGAGGCACACUAACUAUACUGAAGAUCAGCUACUGGAGUGCUCGAAGAUGAUGGCCAUCUUCCAUCAGAAAGCAGGCAGUGGGAAACUUACUGGCGUGCACCGGAAAUACAGCACUUCAAAAUAUGGCUAUGCCGCAAAAUCAGAACCUGCUCAUUUUCUCUUGGAUGAUGGUACAUUCCAUGAUUGA